GUAGAUGGAAGGCGCAAAAAUGGCGUAUGACCAAAAUCCCCCUCCUCCCUCAAUCCUCUCCGUCUCGUGGUCUCCCCUUCCUCCGAUCUGCGCCGCCACCAGCCGGAGCUCCUCGCGCGCGCUGCCGCCAGCGAGAACGCAACGCACGCGUGCGUCGGUCAGGUGGCCACGGUGCUGACGCCAUCCUCUCCUCUCCAGCUCUCCUCUCCUUCCCGACUCUGCCCGAGCCUCCAUCUCGCUGUGCAGUAUUGCCCGGGCGGCGAGGAGGGUUUUGGAGCCAGGGCCGCGCGCCGAACUCCGCCCCACCUGCCUCCAUCCUUGGCCCGGAUCGAAUCGGUAUACCUCGUUGUUUCCUUUCCUCUCCCACACCCUUCCUUCCGACGACGAGGCGACGAGUUUUUCCUUCUUCUGGACUCGAGUGAUUUCUGAGCAUAAGGGGGGCCGGCCAACUCAACUAGUCUACUAUGGAGUCAGUGGAGCUAGAGUGCGGCGACAUCUCUGCUUCCCAGGAAGAACUCCUCGCCCGCUCCUCCUUCCUCAAUGGCGGUGACGAUGAUGAGGUCUUCAGCACGCCUCCCACAACUCAAGAGGACGCCAUCACCAUGUGCACCCUCCCCUUCACCCAGUCCCCAGCACCAUCACCAUCACCAGCUCCAGCUCCUGAACCUGAACCUGCAGCCACUCCUCGCACCAUCCCUGUGUGCAGCAGUUCCUCGGAGGAUGGCGGCCAAGACGAUGAGAUGGGCGACGCCGUCAAGCAGCGGCGCAGGCUCGGGGUUUGCAAGAGAAAGGUGAGGGGUGCCCGGAUCAGGACCCCAACGCCAAGCCCUAAUCGCGCCGCCGCUGAAGUGGAGGAGCACAGGAACGAUGAUCCUCUACACAAGGCGGUUCUCAUGAUUCCCACGAGGGAUUGCACUCCUGGCAUCAUUCCUGUCGACCUGCUCGCCCUUGCUCGCCAGCGAGGCCUCUUCUAGCCUGACGAGUGACGACGCUGCUGAUGGACCGUGCUAUGCCAUUUGCCAGCCAUUCGACUACUGAAUUCUGGGGUCAAGAAGGAUCGACAUUCUCAUUCGGGCUAAGAACUAAGAAGGAUUGACGCCAGGACAAUAGAGAAUUUGACAAAAUAGGGAACCUUGCACCCUUGUACUGUACAUGUAUUUACCACAUUUUCAUUGUGUAUUUCUUCUGCUUGUUUUUGUGAUCACUGUAUACUCUUCCAUCGUGAUGUGCUGUGUUCAAGCUAUGUUAAUAUGUUAUGGUUGAAUUUGAUAUAUCAUCAUAGAACCAGUGUACAUAAUGAGAUGCCAUUA